CUGUCAGACUGGGCUAGGGUUGGCAGUGCUUUGUCAUUCGCGGGUGUUGCCUUCCACCAGCAGGCGAGUGGGAGGCUGCUCGGGACGCCGCCUGUGUUAGCUCUGGCGGAGGGAGCUCCGAGAGCUUCCUGGUUGUUGCCUUCUCAAAGCACUUGGGCUGCCGGGCGCAGCCAGGGCUGGCCCUGUAAGGGGGCUACGCAGGGAGAGGUGACCGAUGGCAGACAUCGAUACCCCAAACGGGCGGGCUCUCACCGAGUUUGCAGAAGAUUUAUUACAGGAACUUCAGGUACACUUUCAAGCUCUGACUGAGACAAUAACUCUCAAAAUGGAAGAAAUGGGGAAUCGAAUUGAUGACUUACAGAACAAUGUAACUGAUCUCAUGAUAGAAGCAGGGAUCCAAAAUACAGACAAAGAGCAAAUGACUUGAAUUACUGUAAUGUUAAAAGAUGCAAAGUGCAUUCUUUAUGGAUAAAGAUUCUGCUGCACAGAAGCUGUUCCUACAAGAGAAAUCUUGUCAAAACAGUUUGAAAAUUUAAGCAUAUGAUAUGAUAGACAAUAUUACUGUUUCAAAUGUAUGUUUGUUUUAGUAACUAAUUAGAUUUGUUUGUAGAAAUUCAGUUCUUAAAUUACUUUUAAGAUUGAUAAGGAUGUUUAUAAAAAUGUCUUUCAGGGAGCACAUAUCAAUACAUAAAUAUUUUCAUCAAAGAUGAUAAUAGCUGAAAUUCACAUAAUGCUUAAAAAUGUGCAAGUGCUUUUGAUAUGUAUGAUCACAUUUGUUCCUCAUCAUGAUCCUGUGAAGGAGGUACUGCAGGUAUAAUUAUACCUAUUUUACAAAUGAGGAAACUGAAGGAAAACUCUAAGCCAUUAUUACAAAUGGACCUUUGGCCUCCAGAAGUCAUUAUCCUUAAAUGAGAUACCCAGUCAGUCUCUUAAAAAUGGAUGUUCAUUUUCUAUUGUAUGGUAUAACAUCCUUACCUUUGGUUUAAUACUCAUGAUAGUUCACUGCUAAUCUUCGGGGGGGAAGAAAUCUUGAAGAAUCUUAGUUAUAAUUUACAAAUUUACCAUGGCUAAAAUGCCCAAAAAAGCUUCAAGAAAUCAAUUGAACAAGUGAAAUAGCACUUAUGGUCUAUCUAGUGAUUUUGAAACAUACUAAUAUAUUGUUCAUCUUGGACUAUCAAAAAUACAAUGGAGUCUUUUAAAAAAAACAACUGCCGAAUCAAGCCAAUCUCCUAUUAUAGGCUGACAUUCUACAUCUUUUCAUUCAUUCACCUAAACUCAACACACCCAUUUUUAUGGGGAAUCCAGUAGGGUAAUCAUCUGAAACAAUUAUACAAUGGUACCUCCUUUUACUAAUUCUGUCUGACUUUUCUAUAGUAACUGUUUUCCCUAGUACCCUGUUAUAACAAAGAUUAGAAUAUCCUCUUAUAAGCAUGAUAACAUAUAUAAUGCAUAAGGUUUAAAAGUUAUUUAAGCACCCUAGAAAUUCUUAUCACCUUUAUUUAAGUAGUAAACUGCUAUAGCUGAACACAAGUUUUAAGUAUGAGAUAGUUUAUAGUAUACCCAAAUAGAACAUAUACAUUUCCACAACUAAUAAUAUUCAUACGUUUAAAUAAAAGUAUCUUAAUUUUUCCAAAUGUGUUCAAACACUGUCUUAAAUUUCAAAUCACAAAUAAUAGUUUUUUUCUGAACACAAUUUUUAUAUUCAGAAGAAAGAAUCUGGAAGUAAAAAAUUCUGGUACUAUUACAGAAAUACGUGGGGAAAUUGUUGGAAACAUCUGGAAACAAACAUCUUCAAAGUCAGUUUCUGAAAUUAUAAAAUAACUUCAGUUAAAUGUGAAAAUGCCACACAUAAAUGUCAAAGAUCAGAUGAUUAUUAUUUUUUAAAAUGUUAACAGUGCAGGGAAAAUAUUAUAAAUUGUACUGAGUACUACAUUGUUGUUUCUCAGUACUUAGUGCUGCUUUAUAGCUUUUUAAUGUUUAUAAAAUGCAUAUUUUCUUUGUAUCUACUUUAUAAGAAAUAAAAUUAAGUCUUCUUAAACAUA